AUGACCAUCUAUAAUUAUGCAGUAACUGCAAAUUCGGCUAGUAAAUGUAAUAAUUGUAGCUGUACAGAAGAAUAUAGAGAAGAAUUUAGAAAAUUUCAAUGGAUUUUUGAUGUUGUUGAUGCUAUGGGAAAGGUUCCAGCAGCCGUUGUUUCUGGAAAUAAUCUAUGGACGGGUUCUUGGGCAACUUGCCGUAAAAUAUCUGCAAGAAAGAAUAAACAAGGUCAAUUAUGGCAAGGCCAGUAUUGUAUGGCACGUUUUCAGCCCUACAAUCGACACAGUCCUUUAAAAGCUUUUUCUGGCCAACCAACUGAUCCUACUGCAGUGUGCAGGUAUACAAUGGGGAUUUUUAUUAGGCAAUGGGAAUUCACUAGGCAAUUGGUGGAUGCACUUGAAAAACUGAACUUUUAA